GGCUCUGCGCAUGCUCGGCAGUGCGGGCGGCCGAGCGGGCGGCGGCGAUCUGGAGACCCCCGAGGGAUGGAAGCGCCGGCGCCGGCGGAGGCGGCGGGAUGCGAGGAGCUCGAUAUGGACGUGAUGAGGCCCUUAAUAAACGAGCAGAAUUUCGAUGGGACGUCGGACGAGGAGCAGGAACAGAUGAUCCUGCCAGUUCAGAAGCACUACCAGCUUGACGGGCAGCAUGGGAUUUCAUUCAUGCAGACGCUGAUGCAUCUUCUUAAGGGGAACAUUGGAACUGGCCUUUUAGGGCUCCCCUUGGCCAUAAAGAAUGCUGGCAUCGUGCUUGGACCAAUCAGCCUUGUGUUUAUAGGAAUUAUUUCCGUCCACUGUAUGCACAUAUUGGUACGUUGCAGUCACUUUCUAUGUCAGAGGUUUAAGAAGUCAACACUGGGGUACAGUGACACUGUGAGUUAUGCCAUGGAGGCCAGCCCAUGGAGUUGUCUUCAGCGGCAGGCGGCGUGGGGGCGGAGCGUGGUCGACUUUUUUCUGGUGAUAACGCAGCUGGGAUUCUGCAGCGUCUAUAUCGUCUUCUUAGCUGAGAAUGUGAAACAAGUUCACGAAGGCCUUCUGGGGAGCACAGUGCUGGUUACCAAUAGCACAGACCCAUCUCUUGCCUGUGAGAGAAGAAGUGUGGACCUCAGGGUCUAUAUGCUCUGCUUCCUCCCGUUUAUAAUUCUCUUGGUCUUCAUUCGUGAGCUGAAGAAUCUCUUCAUACUUUCCUUCCUUGCCAACAUUUCCAUGGCCGCCAGUCUUGUGAUAAUUUACCAGUAUGUUGUCAGGAACAUGCCAGAUCCCCACAAUCUUCCAGUUGUGGCUGGAUGGAAGAAAUACCCACUGUUUUUUGGUACUGCCGUGUUUGCUUUUGAAGGCAUAGGAGUGGUGCUUCCCCUGGAAAACCAAAUGAAGGAGUCCAAACGCUUCCCUCAGGCCCUGAACAUCGGCAUGGCGAUCGUCACAGUGCUGUACAUCAGCUUGGCCACUUUAGGCUACAUGUGUUUCCGUGAUGGAAUCAAGGGCAGCAUUACACUGAAUCUGCCCCAGGACAUGUGGUUGUAUCAGUCUGUGAAAAUUCUGUAUUCCUUUGGCAUUUUCGUGACCUAUUCAAUUCAGUUCUAUGUUCCAGCAGAGAUCAUUAUCCCUGGAGUCACUGCCAGACUUCAUGCCAAAUGGAGGCGAAUCUGUGAAUUUGGGAUACGGUCCUUCUUGGUUAGUAUCACCUGUGCCGGGGCGGUUCUCAUUCCUCGCCUCGACAUCGUGAUCUCCUUCGUUGGGGCUGUAAGCAGCAGCACGCUGGCCCUGAUCCUGCCGCCGCUCGUGGAAAUCCUUACGUUUUCUAAGGAGCAUUACAACAUAUGGAUGAUCCUGAAAAACAUCUCCAUAGCAUUCACUGGAGUCGUCGGCUUCUUGUUGGGCACGUAUGUCACUGUUGAAGAGAUUAUUUAUCCAACUACAGUAGCUGUAGCAGGCACCUCCCAGAGUCUCUCUCUGAAUGUGAACUCCACAUGCGCAGCAUCUGGGCUGUGAGUCCUCGGUUGUUGUCCCAUUCUAACAGCAAAUUAAGAACCAGUACAGUCACCAUACAUUUAAGCACAGUGCCAAACUCUUGUUUUGGUUGGCAGAGUAUUGCAAUUGGACUGGGACCUGGCCAUCUUUUGCAGCUACGGUAAACCAUGGCAGGUUCUUGCUUUUAUCUAAUGACAAUGAAAAAUUUAAAAUUAGCUUUGAAAAACUGAAAAAAAUUAAAAUCCAAAACUUAAAACAAUAAGCAUACCCUAUUAUUUGUUUCUGUAAGAAACACUUUGAAUAAGAAUUAAUUUUCUUGCCACUAUUGAGAAGAUAAAGGCAUUUAACAUUGUGGAAAUUAAAUAGGGACAUAGUUAAUAGGAUCUUUCUGGAGAUUCCCAUAAUAGCGAAGUAAGCCUCCUGUGUAUGUGUAUGAAAAUGCAUCAAUUGCAUUUUUAUUGCAUGGGUAAUGCUUCUGACAGCCCCUGGAAGGACAGAUGAUUCCCACUGACCGUCAUGUAGACAUUAGAAAGCUCGCAGAGCCAGAAUCACCUCACUGUUAGGCUCUACAGACAGUAGGGCUCCAUAGUCACUGGGAAGUACUGAGCAAGGUUCUGAUCUGUUUGGGUUGUGGGCAAAAAGGCCGCUGAGGUUUCUGGAAUUCCCCUCCCUUAGUUACUGUCUUAGUUGGGGUUUCUCUUGCUAUGACACAGCAUCAUGACCAAAAGCAACCUAGGGAACAAAGAGUUGAUUUCAGUUUAUAGUUUCACAUCACAGCCAUCAUCAGAGGAAGACAAGAACUCAGGGCAGGAACCUGGAGGCAGGCGCUGAUGCAGAAGUUAUGGGACGAUACUGCUCAUGGCUUUGUCAGCCUGCGUUCUAUAGCUUCCGGGACCACCAGCCCAGAGGGGGCACCACCAGCCCGGAGGUGGCACCACCCACCAUGGACUGGGCCCUUCCAAACUAUCCCACAGACUUACCCACAGGUUAGUCUUACAGAGACAUUUUCUCAGCUGAGUCUCUCUUCCAAAUUGACUCUAGAUGUUUCAAGACAGGGCAGUUACCAUUGUAGGAAAUGGAACCUCAGAAUGUCAGGUGACUUCGUCAAGAGCACUUAUCCUAGUCAAGAGAACCUGAAAUUUGUUCCAUACAGAGAUUUUUUGAAAAUUAUUUUUCAUGUCACAGUCAAGAAAGAUGAAAAAUUACAGCUUAAUUUAGUGUAGAUUUUAUUCAGUUAUAUUUUCAUCUUUGAGAGUGUGUGCCUGAUAUAUUUGAAUAUAUGUGACAGAAAAUCCAAGAAUCCUGCCUGUGACUUUACAGACCUCAUACAGAAAGAGAAGCUAACAUUUCCUUAAACAGGGAGGCUGGCUAGCUGUGGAGUAUGCUGGCCACAGGAGGUGGGGCCUCCUUGAACAGCCGGGUCAGCUGGCUAGCUGUGCAGUAUUCUAGUCGCAUGUCCCCUUGCCCCUUUGGGUUUUCAGGAAUCAUAGGUAUGUGACAGAGUACAGGAUUUUGGAUCGUCCUAGCCCUGUAGCAACUCCUUACUGUAAUCUCCCCGUGACCUGAAUGGGCAGAGGGACUUAAAAUGGAUACUUAGGAGACUUGAAACAAUUAGGAACUGUCUAGAAAAUACCGAGACGCUUCAGGCAUUGUCAUAGAAAAUGUCUCCUUCCUUCCAUCUCCAAACACACUAGCCAAGGCAAACAAGCUCAUUUGAUGAUGAAGAUGGAAUUCUAGCAUUUAAAGGAAUGAGUGCUGGGUCUUCUGGACUUCUCAGCCCUUGGUUCUCCUGUGCGUUAGUCUGUAAGAUGUCAUCAAGCUCUCUGUGGAAUUUCUAUUUUUCUAUGUAUACGUUAACGUAUUCAGGUUCAGCUUUGCUUACAUUAUUACUUUGUCUUCAACUGUGAGCCUAUAAAUGUAUCAGAAGCUUUAUUUUGGUAUGAAUUCAUAAGAACCAAAACUUUAAAAACAUUUAUGUUAGAUAUUUCUAAUAGUUGUUUAUGGUAUUUUAUGUUAAAUCGUUACUCCACGUCUCUAGUCUUGUCGAGCCUGUGGGUGAGGCUGUGAGGACAGUAGUUUCAUAGGAAUUCGACUGUGAGCACUGUAGUAGAUAUUUAAAAAUGUGCAAUGGCGUACAGGGGUUAAAAGGUCACGGCUCGGGGCAGCGUGAGCUCUUGUCAGCUGCCUUCGUGCCGUACUCCACGCUCAGUUUUAGUUUUGCAUCUCCACCUGUUACUUGUGGAAUUCACCAGGUGCGAUGGGUUUUUACACAGUGGGUCACUGCAGGACUCACAGUGUGACAUCUCCUCAGUCAGGAUUUCCCGCACAGUGGGCUGCUGCACCAGCACCCAUGCGGAAGUCCCCAGGUUAUCAACUCAAGAGAAGUCCUCGACAGAAAGGAGCGUAGGCUGACAGAAGGAGAAAGUUUUCAGUUUUAUUGUGAAACACUGUUUAGAUACAAACUGUAAAAGGCAUACACUCUUGUUCUUUAAGGGUGCCCAAAGAUAUAUUUAUCAUUUCAUCACUUUUCUAUAAUAUUUAGUUGUACAUAAUUUUCUAAAGAUUUUUGGAGAAGAUAUUUUGAUUCUAGCAGCUGUUUCUUUUGUUUGGGGGCCUACUAGAAGGGGAGGCGGCCACCCACGUUGAACUCAUGUUUGCUACUUCCCAUCACACUGGGAACUUUCCCAGAAAGCUAGUCAAUUGUGUGGGUGCCAUUUCCACUGUGGGGCGGUGAGAGGAAAGCCAUGGGCUAACCUCAGUUAUCUGCCACCUGCUUCUGUUCCCUGAGCUCCAGAGAGUGUUCCCUGGCAUCUGAGGGCACUCGUCAGAACACUGGUCCCACACAGCUUUUAACACGCUACCCAGCUUCUUCAUGGUUAAGAAGCGGGAGCCGAGAGAGUUUCAGCUUAGAUAGUCACUUAUAGAAAGCAAACUGGCAUUUGCUGUGCCCCACUACUUCCCGUUCUGUUCUCUCUGAUUUGUCACCAAAGCCGGUGAGUCUUGUGAGAUGGCCUCCUUAGACUGUUUGUAAUCCAUUUAUGGCGGUGCACUUGUGAGUUACCCGACAGGGUUUGAGCUUUGCUAUGUUCCUAGUCCUAGAACAUGUCAGCUUAAGUGCGUAUGGGUGCCAUGUCUCACGACAUCUUAACAGCUCCCUGUUCCACUUCAGUCCCCACAGAUGCCAGUGCGGUGAUUGCUGGCAACAUACAUUAGAUAUUGUACACAGCUCCCUUUCCUUCCAAGAUGGAAAAGAUACAGAACAAGCCCAUGGAGAUAAUAAGUACACUUGUUUAUAUCAACAGAUGUUAACUGUAGAGCAGUAAAACCAUUGGUUUUAUAAUGCAUCAAUAGUGUAGAAUUAUAAAAUAUUGGAAAUGGGUUUAUUUUGAUCAGCUCGGCUCAGCUCUCUUCCCUUAAUUAAGAAGAUGUGAGAAAUUUGUCUAGGAGGUAGCAGACUGCUUCCUCUCAUUAAAUGACUGUAUGUACUUGACCUCACAUGACUUACUUCCUGGAUCGGCUUGGUUUAGACCCAGCAUUUAAAAGAAAUAUGUCUAGGUCUAGAAUUGAUUUCCUAGCAGGCGGAAUGACAAAUCACCCAACUGCUCAGAUUUCCUGUUAGAACUGACUACUCUCUAGGUGUAUCCAUGCAUGUCACCCCAGAGGGACUCACAGCUGACUCCAUUUCGGCUGUUCUGCCACAGAUUGGACCAGAAUGAUGAUCACACGGGAAAACGUGUUUGUGACAUGAAAAAGUCAGGCUGUAGAUCUUUGUUUUUCAUUGUUAGCUUUAUUGAAAGUCAAGUGUCAUUGGACUUGUGUCUUAUAAUUUAUUAUUCUUUGUAAAAGAAUUUGGAAAGUGAAAGUACUGUGACUUCUGAAUUGUCAAUAAAGUAUAAUUAUUUUGCUUGCUAUUAAAUGCCUUUUAAGUUUUUCAUUUAUAAGGUUAAAUAAA